UGCUUAUUAUAAACAUUUUUCAGGUGGUUCUGUUAGGCCCACAAAAGGAUGGAAGGCUGAACAUAAGGCUGCACGCACUUUAGGGAUUAUAAUGGGUGUUUUUCUACUUUGCUGGUUGCCAUUCUUUUUGUGGUAUGUUAUAACUUCACUAUGUGGUGCUGCCUGCCCUUGUCCAGAUGUUGUUGUGGUGGUACUAUUCUGGAUCGGUUACUUCAAUUCAACUCUGAAUCCAUUGAUUUAUGCGUAUUUUAAUCGGGAUUUCCGAGAAGCUUUUCGCAAUACACUGGAAUGUGUUUUACCUUGCCUACAAAAGCGCAAUCCUUACAAUGCUUAUUAUGUGUAGCAGUUCAAAUAAAUGUAAAUAAGACGGAAUAAACCUAUUCAAAAUAAUGCGCUUUCCCCACUUAAGAUUAUACAUAGAUUAUAGAAAUUGAUUGCAAUAAAAAAGUUAUAAGUUUUUAAUUGCAUUGAAUUUAUAUUUAAAAAAGGACGAGACGUAUAAUUUAAAGGAUAUUAAGAAUGCACGUUAUGCCGAACAGAUAACCAUCGUUUUUUUACUCCUUGGUAAUUUGGUGUACGUUUAGAAGUGCUUAAGUUAACUACGAUGUCGUCAUUAUAUUAUUUAAUUAAGAUUUGGUAAUUUGGUAAGAAGGUUUUAUGAUUUUAUUAGUAUAAAGAAAUUAGGUUUAA